CAGAGUUUUCUUAUCUGUACUUGGUGAUGUUAAAUACGUUCUCCCUUCCUCUCCCCUGAUAUAUAAAAAGAACAAAGUACAGUUGGGUAAUAGAAGCUGAGCCCCACUUCAGGUCAACCAAGGCAGGUUUUUGGAUCAUCAUGUUUGUUUCAAUCUUUUUGCUGUGGCUGUGCUUUUUCUUUAUCCUCUUUCAAUUUAAAUUAUGGAGGCCCAAGAACUUCCCACCGGGACCCCUCAGUCUGCCUGUACUGGGAAACCUCUUGCACCUGAACCUGAAAAACCCCCUGGUGGACUUUGAAAAGAUGAAGGAGUCUUAUGGAAACGUCUACAGUUUUUUCAUCGGUUCAAGACCAGCUGUUGUUGUAAAUGGCCUACAAGCCAUGAAGGAGGCAAUCAUGAUCAAAGCCACUGAUUUUUCUGGACGACCUCAAGACAUGUUUGUCAGUGACCUUACCCAGAGAAAAGGAGUAAUUCUUGUAGAUUAUGGGUCUGUUUGGAGGGACCACCGCCGCUUCGCUUUGAUGACUUUAAGAAACUUUGGUCUGGGAAAGAUAUCAAUGGAGGAGAGAAUUCAUGAGGAAAUUCAAUUUACCAUUUCAAAACUGGAGGAGAACAUAGGUAAAACCCUGAGUCCAAAAUUUAUGUUUCAUAAUGCAGCUUCCAACAUCAUCUGCAAGGUUCUAUUCAACACACGCUACGACUACGAAGAUGGGAAGAUCUCAGAGAUCGUCCAGGGCUUCGUUGAAAUGCUUCAAAUAGCUAACGGACCCUGGGCAAUGAUGUAUGACGCUUUUCCCUGGAUUCGGAGCUUUCCACUUCCCUUUAACAAGGCGUUUAGGAAUAUGGAGAAUUUCCUGAAUCUUGCAAAACGUUUGGUGAACGAACACAAAAUGAGCAGAGUUGCUGGAGAGCCUCGAGACUUUGUUGACAGUUACCUGGAUGAACUUGAAAAGAAUAAGAAGGAUUUCUCAGAACAACAACUCCUCAGAAUGACUUUCGAUCUUUACAUAGCUGGGACUGACACUACGUCUAACACCAUGCUUGCUGGUUUCCUGUAUCUCAUGGUCUACCCACACAUACAAGAAAAAUGUCAGCGUGAAAUAGAUCAGAUGUUGGAGAGGAAAGAUCGAGUGUCUUUUGAGGACAGACACAAAAUGCCCUACAUGCAGGCUGUGAUCCAUGAAGUGCAGAGGUUUGCCAACAUCGUUCCUCUCAGUGUCUUCCACUGCACAACUAAGGACUCAGAACUUAGUGGUUAUACUAUUCCAAAGGGAACACUCAUCAUCCAGAACAUGGUGUCUGUGCUGAGAGAGGAGGGACAGUGGAAGUUUCCUCAUGAGUUUAACCCGGAAAACUUUCUCAAUGACCAAGGAGAGUUCAUCAAACCAGAGGCUUUCAUGCCGUUCUCUGCAGGUCCUCGGAUGUGUCUCGGAGAAGGUCUGGCUCGUAUGGAGCUCUUCAUCAUAAUGGUGACCCUGCUGAGGAAGUUUAAGUUCACCUGGCCUGAAGAUGCAGGACAGCCAGACUUGUCUCCAGUCUUUGGGGCCACUUUAACCCCCAAACCUUAUUGCAUGAAGGUCCAGCUGAGGUCAGAACAGCAAAGCUGCUGAUUUAUAGGUGGAAUUAGCAAGGAACAUAUUCUUAUAUUCAACUGUUAGACCUGGUAGCAGCAGCUGCACCGUGCUGGUUUGUUUAUGUAUCAGUAAUUGGUUUUCCUAAUUUCACUUCUCCUUUUUCUUUUCUAAUUUGACACAUUUUUUCUCGCUUUAUGAACAGUAGUAUUUAAACUUUGAGAGACAACUGGCAUUUGUCUUUUUGGCGUCUAAUUGUUUCACUUUCCGGCCUAUGGAGGUUUGAAGUAAAGCAAGAGGUAAAAAUAUUGAUUGUAUCCCAUUUCUGUUUUAUUCUUCUGUAGGUGUGAACUGAUUUUCUUGUGUCAAGGUCUUUAAAAAUGAUGUACAAAGGGAUUCAAGUCUAAAAUUAACAUUUUCACAAA